AUAUAACUUUGCUUGCUUGCAGUAUUGUGCUCAAAGGGGAUCCUGGAAUACUUUAAGAACAUUAAAAAUUGGUCCACCAAGAAUUUACUAUUGUAGGUAUUUAUAUAGUAUUGAAUGGCUGGAUCAACAGUUAGGUCACGCAGUUGACCCCACCGGUUGGAUACUGAGCUGAAAUAACAGGUGACAGUUAUUUUGACUGUCAGCUGUGUUGUAGCAGUAGUUUUGCUAACUGAGCCAUUUACUGUGGUGAUGUAGCUGUAACUGGUUGGGAACGACAUGUCCAGGACCCCUUUAUUGUGCAGCCUCACACAAUGGAGUGUUGGCACUUACACAAAACCUGCAUUUAGUGCAUAGUGCAUGGUGUUGAGUGUGUUGUUCUGUGUUCAGGAGUUUACAGUAAAAUCUUUGUAUUGCUAAUGUUUUGCUAAUCCAAAUUUGCUAAGUUGACCAUAACUUAAUGUAGUGUAGAAACCUGGUUUUAAAAACAACAUAUUUUUUUACUAAUCACUAAUGUUUUGCUCAUGUUUUAAACAGUUUGACUUGUUUGUAGGGUAAAAAAUGUGGUCAAUACUUGUGAUUCAGUAUGCAUAUUUAUACAGGAAACAGUUACAUUGUGUUAACAGUGACAUUUAUUGUCUUAGUGUGGCCUCGACUUUUAAACCAAAUGAUUAAUUGUCAUUGUACUUUAAAAAAAAAUACAUGGUGGUGUUAUAAAAACAAAUCACAUUUGACUUACACUAUAGCCUCAAAUUGGUCCUGAGUACAAACAUGUUCUUUUAUUUUGUAAUACAUUUGCGUUCAUCUGUGAGUGAGUGGAACCUUUGUUGAAGCUUUGGGUGUGACUGCAACCCUUCUAGUUGCUUCUAACAACAGAGAAAUACCAGUGCAGAAGUAGCUGUUUCUUCACAACUACAUGUAAAAUGCUGAAGGGAGGUAGACACCUACACCCUACUCUACACCCACUUUAUACAGUGAAUUCCAAUAUGGUUCUUUUUCUUCUUCUUUUUUUUUGACUUAACUUUGUUCCACAAGUUUUUAGAAUCCAUUGCAUCGUUACACUUUUAAGCGUAGGAGCUGUGCUUUUUGAUCUAUUGUUUUUAUUUGGUUCAAUCUAUUUUAGCUCACCAUUUUAUUCUUGCAAUGCUGCUCGUGGGAAUGAGGCCUCAUGCACACAUACUUAUUUCAGCAAAUGAACAAGAUUUCAUCAAACACUGUUUUUGGGAAAAUAUCAUUUUUGUUGUGUUCCUUGCUACUAAGUUAUGGCCCAGUGAACAGAAUGUGCAAACACAUUGACAGGGUAAUAGAUUUCUUUUGCGAUAAAAGGAAAUGAACAAAAAAUUUCAAUGGUUUUGUUUAAAAAUUGCCUCUCCAAACGAAUGUUUUGGGGCUAACACUCACGAACCUAAUGACAGUUCUUCUGAACUUGAAGUGAUGGAGUCUGAAGAAUGAUAAACAACGAUGAACCAUGAGUCCAGUGUUUCCUUGCACUGUCAUUGGUGGGACAUUUGUGAUGUAGUUUGUGGAAAUGGCUUCCUUUUGGGGCAGCAAAUUGUUGAAAAUUGCUGUGCAAGUGAGCUGAGGUGUAUAGUUUUGAUGUGUACUUUGCAUUUUGUUUUAUUUGCAUCUGACUAAACAUUUGGUACCUGUGUGGAAAUCAGCUUUUUUGCACUGUGCGUUUGAGAAAUGGUAUGCAACAAAAAACCUUGGACUUGGAAUAAAAUCCCCUAACCGGCAUGCAAAAGACCGUAACAUUUUCAACGAAACAUUUCAAGGAAUCUCUCUUUCUACUCAGUCACACCUCCUGCCCAAGCUUCAUCCCAACAAGCUGGGUUGCCUUCAGGCCCUGCAAAGCCAAAAGGCAAAGAUGCCAAGGGCAUGCAGGGAUCCUCUGCCCCAAAGGCUGUUCCUGGCAGAAGGAAGCGGGCCUCUCUGUCUGCCUCAUCUGCCUCGCCCACCUCUCCAAAGUCUACUUCCUCCUCAACACCUCGGUCCCCCCUUGUGACCUCUCCCCUAGCCACUUCACCUGCUGGUUCUUCUGCUAAUAAGGCUGACCGUUCCACCCCCAAAGUUGUCAAAGCCAGUAAACAAGUAAAAGCAAAGAAAGGAGAGCCAUUUGUCCCGGCAAUGGAAUCUUCUACCAAGGCUGUAGAAGAUCCUGCUGCCUCUAAAGUUACCCCUAAGGCUCCUGUAGCAGCAACACCUUUGUUUUCAGAUACUGUUGCCGCUAGUCCUCCGAAGUCAUGUCCAGUAAAACCAGCCUUGCCAAAAGUUGUGCCUCCUGCUGAUGAUGAGAUGCCCCCACUUAUUCCACCAACAAAGCCGUCAACAAUGCCUAUGGAUGAACCCCUUGCUACUAAACAGGGUGAAAAGUCUGCAGCCAAGGAUAUCAAACUAGCUCCCACUGAAGCACCAAAACCUGCCAAGCCUGCUGCAGAGCCUAAAGCUGCAGAGCCUGCUCCUGAGGUAAAGGCAGCCCAGGCUGCCAAGCCUGUUGCUGAGGCUAAAGCUGCCCCAGCACAGGCUGCCAAGCCUGCCCCUGAGCCCAAAGCUGCCCCUGCCCAGGCCGCCAAACUUGCCCCCGAGGCCAAAGCUGUCCCUGAGGCCAAAGCUCCCCCUGCCCAGGCUGCCAAGCCUGCCCCCGAGGCCAAAGCUGCCCCUGCCCAGGCUGCCAAAGCUGCCCCUGCCCAGACCGCCAAGCUUGCCCCCGAGGCCAAAGCUGUCUCUGAGGCCAAAGCUGCCCCUGCCCAGGCUGCCAAGCCUGCUGCUGAGGCCAAAGCUGCCCCUGCCCAGGCUGCCAAGCCUGCCCCUGAGGCCAAAGUUGCCCCUGUCCAGGCUGCCAAGCCUGCCCCUGAGCCCAAAGCUGCCCCUGCCCAGGCCGCCAAACUUGCCCCCGAGGCCAAAGCUGUCCCUGAGGCCAAAGCUGCCCCUGCCCAGGCUGCCAAGCCUGCUGCUGAGGCUAAAGCUGCUCCAGUUCAGGAAAAACCCAAAUCUGAUGAGGUUCAGAAAAAAGUUGAAGAAAAGCCCACUACUCCCAACCAGGCUCCAAAACCAGCUGCAGAACCUAAACCUAAUCCACCUGAAGUAAAGACAGCCCCUGCCCCAGCUCCCCGUAAACUCACAUUUGCAGAGGCAGUUGCAAAACCUGCCCCAGUUAAACCAGAAGUCGAGGCAGUCAAUACUGAAUCUAUCUCAUCAGCCAAACCCACCCCUGUUAAAACCCCAGCCAAGGUGGAGUCUGUGAUCAACAAUGAUGAGGGUAUAUUUUUCCUUCUUUCUGUGCUAUUAUUUCCACGAUUAACUUUCUGGGAACUUUAAGGUACAUUCCAUGUUUUAUAAUAACACUGUGAGGCCAAAACCCCACUUUUGUUUUUGCAAACUGAUAUAGUGUUUUUGAUGUUCUUCAUUGUAUAAAAAUGUGUUGAAUCUUUUUUUUUUUUUUUUUGGUCAUUAAGCAUCAGAAUAACUACAUUUAAUUCUGUAUUUUCAAGGCUCUUUGUUCCCCAGGUGCAGCUUCUUUUACUUUGCUAACACUACAUGGUGCCAUAUUAAGUUUGUUCUGUUUGUGGUUC